AGGUGUAUCUGUUUUUGGUUGUGUUUUGUUUGUCCCUACUAGUAGUUCUCGCUUCAAGUAGAAACAAUCGAAGUCGUAGCUUCAAGAUUUUCCUUCCCUCAAUCGUUUUGUUUAUUUCACGUUUCGAAGUAAAGUUUCGACCUCGCACCCACCACCGCUGGCUGUCAGCAGAUAAAGCUCGGGUCUUGUCAGUCCCCUAGCGGUGGUGGGUGCAGCAGCUAUUUAUUAGUAUUGAUCUAGCUCUUUCCACCGUGGCAUUAUAUGCUUAAGCAAGUAUAAUAACUGGAGGUGGACUCGAGGUUUUCUUAAGGCUUGGUUUUUUACUGACUCCUCGACAACAUCAGCACACGAAACCUAUACAGACCGCUGAGCUCACAUCCUUAACCGCCUGAGAUGUCAGGAAACGAGGAAGAAGAAAAUGGUCAGGCGGCGGGUCGUGCCGACUCUUUGGUUCGUAUGAGUGACGUGGCGCAAGCAGAUCGCGAGCUUCUUGACGAAGAUGUGGAUCAGCAACACGGAAGUAGGACAUCAUAUCUGAAACCAGAAAGCGCAACGUCCGCUGCAACGAGGCAUUCGCUGCAGGACGGCAAGGAAGAACCAGAAGCAGAACUGCGUGGUGGUGCUCAUCAGAGCAAAAUAAGCUCGAUAAACCACGAGGAGGUAGUAACUCGAGAACUGCAGGAAGCCGACAGAAGUACGGAUGCAGCUCUGCGUCAGACGUCGCCGGAACAUUCACCAGCCAGCGCUCUUGGUGGUGCGCCGCGGCCAAGAACAGAGGACCACCUGCUUGUUGCAGACGAGGGGUUUCAGCUGCUGACUGGGUACGCGCAGCUCCUGAAACUGUACUCGCAAGCGGCGUAUGUGAUGCACACUAGAACAACGACGGCGAGGGGUGAUGGAAAUCGAAAUGGAGUGCAAAGGGAACACGAAAAUGAAAUAAAGACCUCAAACAGAAGUACUUCCUCUUUCAUUGCGGACGAAAGUGCAGCUCCAGCCGCCUUCACAGCACGAGAAGAGGAGAAACUGAGCGCGCUGUUCAACACGCUCGCUGUGGCACAAGCCCGCAUCCAAGACCCGUUGAGAAAAUUGUUGCAACGAUUUGUCGCGCAGCAGCACAGCAGUGGAGCUGGUGCUACAGUGAGAACUACACAACUUGUCACGACCGCAGCCCAACAUGGGAGUAGUGCAGGGACGGCAACACACGAUCAACAAACUAGAAACCUGCAAGAACAGCUGGCGGCGGACAACGGCUUCGUCCAGCGUAUUGCUGACCUGGUGUUCGCGAGACAGAGAGUAGAGCUACACCAGACGGGAAGGCAGCAGCAUGAUGCGAAGCCGAAAACAAGCGGUGAAGACAAGGGCAGUGACGCAAUACGAUUAGAACUGGAACUGGUGGAUCCAUCAAGAAAUAAAACUGCCACAACAACCACAACUACAACUGCAAAAGCAGCCGACGAGGACGAGAACAACAUUAAGUCCUCUUCGUUUCUUGACGCCGCCGCGCGGGAGCAUGUUGCCAGACUGGAACGAAUGGUGCAAGAGUUCCAGCUAGAACUAAACCAGCGGCGGUCGGAGUUCUUUUCGCUCCAGAGGCUAGAUCCCUCCGAUUCAUCGCCCGCGGAGCCACCUAUGUUUUCGCUCGACCUCACCGCCGACCGGGGGGACCGGAGUGUGCUGCAGCGACCGGGCGGAGGCUCAACGACGCAAGGAGCCUGCGGCGCAAGCACGAGAGGACAACUGCAAGAGAGUACUUCUAGAGGAGGGAAAGAGCAAGAUCAAGAUGACGACGAAGAUGAUCUCGAUGUACAGCAGCUACCGCGGCCACUUGAAAUACUUGCACGCCGCCCGGUCGAGGAUCUUGGCACAAGUGGAUCUACGACGGUUGUAGACCUGUCCCGGUUCCAGCGCGCGCUCCCGCAACCGCGGGCUUUGAGCGUGCGGGAGCGGCGACAAAACUUCAUAGGCGCAGGCGAUAGUAAAACUCCAGAUAGUUGGAGUUCUCCUACGACAGUGGAGAGUGUUGCACGGCCUGUUCUUGCUGCGCGCGGGGAAACACUAGAACUCGGAGACAAGAAUAAAGUGGAGAAUGUGCAGCUGCAUCAAGCUCUGGACCACGCCCUUCAUGAGCAAGCCGGCGCACGACGUGGACCACGACCGGGAAAAAGCUUCACGCGCUCCAAAUCCGAGCCACGAAGCGUUGGUGGAACUACUAGCGAAGCUGCUCUGGGCGCCGUUGGUUCCGUCGAUGUCGACGUGGUCGUGCCCGGACGGAAAUAUUUUACCGAGUCAUCCGCAAUGGGGCGUAUCUUGGCUGGAAAAUUUGACUUCGAGGAGGGUCUGGUGUCCGUUUCCCGCGACGGAGGAAUACAACAGGAGCAAAGUAAAGAAGAUAAGCCCGCGGCCCGACGGGGUGUUGAAGAACACCCACCUGCCUCCCCCUCGUAUCAUCGCCGCUUGAAGCGCGUGCAGGAGCGGCACAGCUCCCUGCUGGAGCUGCUAAGUGCCGACGGGCGGUCGCCGGCGCUGGACUUUUUCUACGUGGCGCCGGCCAUGGACGUAAUCGACCAGGUGCGGCAGGCCGCGGAGGCCGGGCGCGAGCUGCGGCUGGCGGCAGAGAGGGGCGCGCCGGCGCGGCGGCCGGGCCGGGACUCCGAAUACGAGUUUGGCUACACGGUGGAGCAGGAGAAGGCGAAGGCGG